CGCACAAUUUUUGUAUAUUUUUUAUUUCCAAUACAGAAAUAUGUAAUUCUUCAAUUUAAAUAUAGCUCACACUUUGUCCAGUACUAUGAUAUAGUAUAUUUUAAGAUUAUAAUCACCACGAUAUACACCCUGAAUCUAAGUUGAUUAGUAAAAUUACCUAAUGUAGUUGCUAUUGUUAAGUACAAUUAUUAUUUUCUGUACUGUAUAAACAUUCUCCAAUCCCAAAGGCAUUUUUAAAUUUAAUCAAACCAUAGCAAAAGUUACCCCGAUCAUUCACUAAUUUUGUUCCAAAUAAACUCAUUCAUUCUCUUCUUCUUUUUUGGUAAAACAUUCUCUUUCCUUUUUCCCCUAAAACGAUUGUUGUACGCUCUAAAAAAGGUGUAGAUUUUUUUCCAACAAAAGAAAAUAAGAAUCAAAUGUCACAAUUUUUAUAUCCAUUGUAUAAAACUCACAGUUAUAAAGUUCUCCGACCACAACCCCCUAAAUCAUUAUAGAGUACCUAGUUAAAAGUAUUGUUAUUUGUUCUAUUUUUGUUUGUAUUCAGACACCGAGUAGUCAGAGUAUAUAUAAGAGAAGCAUGAGGCAUGAACAGAGAUUAUAAGAUUAAUAGAAAAAUGUUAACUAACCGGAACCGACCACAUAAAUAAUUAAUUCUUGCCUCCCAACACUUUUAUUAAAACUUUUGUACCAACGAUAACCUUUUGAAUAUUUAAUUUCUCAGUCAAUACUCGCCGAACAAGUUUUGCUUUUUCUCUCUCCUCAAAAUCUCCAUUCACAUUUUUGCUCUAUAAAUAUGCAUCUCACUUGUUGUCUCUCCUUUUAUACUUGAACCAACAUCUCUCUCUCUCUAACAUAGUGGCCUCCAUUAAUGGCGACCAACAUAUUCACUCAAAGCCCUAACUACUCUCCAUUUCUUAUUGGAGAAAAAAUUCCUCAACAGAAACACAAUCUUGGCCACAUCUCUCUCUCAGACAAAACCUUUAAUAAAAAGCUUGUAAUCUCUUCUUCUAUAAUGGCCCCUCCGAUUCCAUCUUCUUCUCAACUCUCUCCUCCUUCUUCUUCUUCUAUGGUGGCUCAUCUUCCUCGCGCACCACCAACAUCAUCUCUGCCGUUGUCUAGAGUAUGGAGAGAGAUACAAGGAAGCAAUAACUGGGAGAAUCUAAUUGACCCUUUAAGCCCUAUUCUCCAACAAGAGAUCACUCGCUACGGGAACUUACUCUCCGCUUCUUACAAAGGUUUUGAUCUAAACCCUAACUCCAAACGUUACUUGAACUGCAAGUAUGGCAAGAAAAGUCUGCUUAAAGAAUCCGGAAUCCAUGACCCUGAUGGCUACGAAGUCACCAAGUACAUCUACGCCACGCCAGACAUCAACAUCAACCCUAUCCAGAACGAGCCUAAUCGCGCACGUUGGAUAGGGUACGUAGCGGUUUCCUCUGAUGACUCGGUGAAACGUUUGGGGAGGAGAGAUAUUGUGGUGACAUUUCGUGGGACCGUGACCAACCCUGAGUGGAUGGCUAACCUAAUGAGCUCCUUGACUCCAGCUAGGCUUGACCCUCAUAACCCUCGUCCUGACGUCAAAGUUGAAUCUGGCUUCUUGAGUUUAUACACAUCCUCUGAGAGUGAAAGCAAGUUCGGGCUAGAAAGCUGCCGUGAGCAGCUUCUCUCCGAGAUCUCGAGGCUUGUCAACAAGCACAAAGGCGAGGACAUGAGCAUAACCCUUGCGGGACAUAGUAUGGGGAGUUCUCUAGCUCACCUUCUAGCUUACGACAUAGCAGAACUCGGCUUGAACAAGAGAAGAGGCGAAAAAGAUGUUCCAGUGACUGUCUUUUCGUUCGCGGGGCCAAGGGUUGGUAACUUGGGAUUUAAGAAAAGAUGUGAGGAGCUAGGAGUCAAGGUCUUGAGGAUCACGAAUGUAAAUGAUCCCAUCACGAAACUCCCUGGCUUCUUGUUCAACGAGAAUUUUAGGGCGUUAGGUGGCGUUUACGAGCUUCCUUGGAGCUGCUCUUGCUACACUCACGUGGGAGUCGAACUCACGCUCGAUUUCUUCGACGUUCAAAACAUUUCUUGCGUCCACGACCUCGACACUUACAUCAGUCUAGUGAACCGUCCGAGAAGCUCGAAGUCUACGGUUGCAGAAGACAAUUUUGGCAGCAGUUUUUUCAACAAAACAAGUGAGAUGAUGUUCCCUAAAGGACAACGUCGAGCGUUGCGGUUAAGAAACGCAGCGACCAAAGCGGCGUAUCUAAUUGGGUCUGUAUCCAAUCAUAUGAUGUACUGUAAUAUAUUUUAGGUCUAGAUAUUGAUCGGAGGUAAAAAUUUUGGGUCUUUUUUUUUAAAGAUAGCUAGGUAAAAAACAUUUGUAGUACAUGUAUAGUUUUUCAUAUGCAAAACCUAAUAUUGUUUGCAUAUGUAUUCAGUAAUCAGUAUAUAUAUACAUGGUGUUUUGAUUAGUACUUAUUUCUCAUAUCUUAGGUUAAUAAUUAUUUCCCGCACGUGCGGGCAUAGAGAUUUUAUAACUACUUAUUAAUACAUGUAUUACUAAUUAAAAAAUAAUUUUAAAUUAUUAUUUAUGUUUUCAUUGAAAAUUCUUAUUAUGUAUUAGAAAUUUUUAAAAUUCCUUUGUGCACUAUCUUCAUUAUUAAUAAAUAAUAUAUAAAUCUUAGAGAUCACUUGAUAUUCUCUUUCAAUUAUAUAGAAUUAAUAAUUUUACUUAAUAUUUAGUUAUGUAUUUUCUGUUUUUAAACUUUUAACCAUUUUAUUAAAAUAUAUAUUUUUGCAUAACAAC